AUGUCCGCCUCAGAAGCAGCAACAAUGACUCUUGAGAGCAGCUCUACUGCUUCCGCUACACCAAGCAGUCCCCCCGAACCCUACUACUUUGAAGGCGGCCUGCGGAGGGUCAAGCCAUACUACCAUACCUACAACACGUACUGUAAACAGCGAUGGCGGGGCAGGACACUGCUGGACAUUUUCACCUCGGAGUUUAGAGAACGCACUCCGGAAUAUUAUAGAGAAGCUAUCGAGGCCGGCUCUGUCCUCCUCAGCGGAAAAGUUGCAACUAUAGAUACCGUCGUCCCGAACGGCGCGAUUGUCUCGCAUUCCACUCACCGACACGAACCUCCUGUGACCGGCCUUCCUAUAGGUAUUAUACACGAAGACGAGGGUAUGAUUGUGAUCGACAAGCCUGCCGGGAUCCCAGUGCAUGGCGCCGGACGCUACUAUCACAACUCGAUUAUCGAGAUCUUGAAAUCAGAGCGCCCGGGCCUAAUACCUCGUCCCUGCAAUCGACUUGAUAGAUUGACGUCGGGCGUGAUGUUCCUUGGAAAGACAGCUGAAGCAGCCGACAAGUUCAGUGCCCAACUACGGGAGCGUGGUGUGCAGAAGGAGUACGUGGCGCGGGUUAGCGGACGCUUUCCAGAUGGCGUUGUGCUCUGCGACCAGCCCAUCAUGUCCGUGAGUCCGAAGCUGGGCUUGAACAGAGUGCGGGCUACUGGAAAGGAAUGCAGAACGAAGUUCCGUCGAUUGGCAUACUAUCCGCCUCGGAAGACCGUCGAAUCCGAAACAACAGCCACGGGCGAUGGCCACACAGAUCGACCGGCUACACCGCCGUCAUCUUUGCAAGAAGAUGAAGGCUACAGUAUUGUUCACUGCCUGCCAUUGACUGGCCGCACGCAUCAAAUUCGAGUCCAUCUCCAGUUUCUGGGAUAUCCAAUUUCCAAUGAUCCCAUAUAUUGCAACCAUCGAGUCUUCGGACCGAGUCUGGGCAAACACGAAGACAGCGCUGAGAACGAUGAUACCAUAAUUGAUCGACUCUCAAACAUGGGGAGGACAGAACUGCCUGACACAACCGCCUACCGCACCCACCUGACAUGCCCACCUAUUGUACCGCCCGAGACAGACCCAAACGUGGUUGAAGCGAUCAUGUACCGUGAGCACGAAGCUGCUGUCGACGCCUACCACAAACGGAAGGGUGAAAAACUUUCAGGCGAAGUCUGCGAAGACUGCGGUACACCUCUCUACACAGACCCCGGUGCUCAUGAACUCGGCAUAUACCUACACGCAGUCAGAUAUUCCGCUAAUGAUGGCCAAUGGAAGUACCAAAGUGCUCUGCCCACAUGGGCCGUUCCGCCAAAAGGCAUGGAAGGACCGACUGAGAUUCCAGAUUGGCGUGAGCCUGGCGAAGGGGAGGAAUUGAUCCUCAAUACUGGCUAUUCGCCCCGAGAAAAUGAUAAGUCCAAUGACGGAGAGACAAAGGAGGAAGAAGACGUCUUGGCUCUUGUGCGUGGUGUUGGUUUGGUCAACCUUUCCCAAAAGAUGAGAAAUGGUCAGGAUAUUGCCACGGUCGUGAAUACAGACGAGCAGGAGCAAUAG